AGAAUCGGGGGGCGUUCUCUGGGACAGUUUUUGAGGGCGAAGGAUUUGAUGAUCCCCCAGAUGCUUUGUUUCUUGCUCUCUCUUAUUUAGGCGUUGAUGACCUUCUUUCUAUGGAGCAAGUUUGCAGAUCUUUAUGCUGUGUAGUGCAAAACGAUCCGCUCAUAUGGAGAAAUAUAAAGAUAGAUCAUCCUUUGAGUGAUAAGAUUACAGAUGAAGCUUUAUUACAGUUGGCAAACAGGGCCAAGGGACAGCUUUGUUGUUCGAGUCUUGUGGAGUGUUUGAAGAUCACGGAUGGUGGUUUGAAGAAUGUUCUUGAAAGGAAUAAAAGACUGACAAAGCUAAGUGUAGCGGGAUGCAUGAAGCUUAGUAUUGAAGAACUGGUGUCUAACUUAAAAGUCUUCAACAAGCGGGACACAUGGAUAAAGUGUCUAAGAAUUGGUGGACUGUUCGGCAUAACAAACCUACACUAUGAAGACUUGAAGCUGCUUUUAGGCGUGAUGGAAAACACCACCCAACCUUCAAGUGUGCACCACAAUCCGCGAUUUUAUCAAGGGGGGCAGUUGUAUCUGUCUGUUGAUGAUGACUGGGCCAUUGACAUUGAGAUGUGCCCGAAGUGCCAGCAACUAAGGCUAGUGUAUGAUUGCCCUGCAGAGAGCUGCCAAGGGACCACCCACCAGGGCACGCAGAUGUGCAGGGCUUGCACUUUCUGCAACUCCCGGUGUAAAAGCUGUGGGUGCUGCUUGAGCAACUGUGAUUAUGAAGAGACCUUCUGUUUAGAGAAACGUUGUUUGGACUGUAUCCAGAAGUUUUUGCCCAAGCACCGGUUUUUCCACCCACAGGCGAGCUGUCAUUUCUUUCUGUGUGGCUAGAAGAUGUGUUUCCACCAUCUUGUUUUUAUUCUGGUUACUGCUCUACGUACAUGGUUGGCUGGCUUGGAGCCUUGUUAAGCAGUUGCCUUUUAUGGAUGGAAGGCCUGUAGGGUAGAAGUGAUGAAAAAAACC